AUGGACGAAUAUUGGAAGAGAAGUGGUCAAAUACCAGCUUUCGGAAACUGGGAUAUUGCGAACGAGUUGCCAAUAACUCAAUACUUUGAGAAUGCAAGACAAGCUGGUUUGAUUCGUUACAGUUCUUCAUCUGGUGAGAGCGGUUCUUACCUGCACGGAGAACAAGAUCUGUAUGCAGUUGAUUCCAAGAAACCAGUUGAAAAGGACACGAGGAUUAGAGAAACUAGAAUGAGAAAAGAUGGCAAAGUGUAUGAUGUAACAGAAUAUUCAAUGAAGCAGACAAUGAACAAGAAGAAGAUAUUAGAUGUAAAGGACAUCGUUUGCAAGGCUUCUUUACCGACAAGAAAUCCGAAACCAGUAGAUGAAGAUCUUUACAAAAUUUCUCCUCAACUUCUUCGCAAAACCAAACGGAAGAAAAUGUUGGGUUUCAUUUCCAAGUGCCUCGUGCCUACUGCCUGUGUUUCAUGA